AAUUUCCAGUCUCUUUUUCCCUCCACAAGACAGAGAUCCCUAGAAUGGGCGAGAGGAGCACUUAGAGAAAUUUGAUCUCCAACACGCGCAAAAUUCUUCCAUUUUGGCGACUGAACUACUGAAUUUUGACCUAAAAAUGGCGGCAAAACAAUGUUUUACAGCAAUUACAGCCCAAAAUUCAUCAGUCUCACCAUUUACUUCAAAAUUUCUUCUCUUCCAAAGCAAUUAUAGCCCUAAAUUCGAAAUCGGUACUUCUUUUUUCGGCGAGAAACCUCGUCAAGUACAAGAAAUUGGGACGAAAAGUACUAAAAUCGCAAGGAAUGGGCGAGGAGUUCGAACAAUGGCAUCAUUGAGUGGUCUAUUCAGUGGAAUUUUCAAAGGGACUGAUACUGGAGAGAAUACAAGGAAACAAUACGCUUCAACUGUUAGUCUGAUUAAUGGUUUAGAAUCAGAAAUUUUUCAACUUACUGAUCUGGAGUUGAGAGAGAGAACAUCAAGUUUGAAGGAGAGAGCUCAACAAGGCCAGUCUUUGGAUUCUCUCUUACCUGAAGCAUUUGCUGUUGUAAGAGAAGCAUCGAAAAGGGUUUUGGGUCUUCGUCCAUUCAAUGUACAGCUUAUAGGUGGAAUGGUACUUCAUAAAGGAGAAAUAGCUGAAAUGAGGACAGGAGAAGGAAAAACACUUGUUGCUAUUUUACCAGCUUACUUAAAUGCACUAAGUGGAAAGGGAGUUCAUGUAGUUACUGUGAAUGAUUAUCUGGCGCGACGUGAUUGUGAGUGGGUUGGUCAAGUUCCUCGGUUUCUUGGAAUGCAGGUUGGGUUAAUACAACAAAAUAUGACAAGUGAACAGAGGAGAGAAAACUACUUAUGUGACAUUACAUACGUCACCAACAGUGAACUUGGUUUUGAUUUCUUGAGAGAGAAUCUUGCCACGACUGUCGAUGAGCUAGUAAUGAGGAAUUUCAAUUUUUGUGUGAUUGAUGAGGUUGAUUCCAUUCUUAUUGAUGAAGCGAGAACUCCACUUAUCAUCUCCGGACCUGCAGAGAAACCGGGCGAGCAGUACUAUAAAGCUGCAAAAUUGGCUGGAGCCUUUGAACGAGAUCUCCACUACACUGUUGAUGAGAAGCAGAAAAGUGUUCUCAUCACAGAACAAGGCUAUGAGGAUGCUGAAGAAAUCUUGGGUGUGAAAGAUCUAUAUGAUCCUCGGGAACAAUGGGCAUCAUACGUUUUGAAUGCAAUCAAAGCAAAAGAACUCUUCCUUAGAGAUGUAAACUACAUUAUCCGGGGCAAAGAGGUCCUUAUUGUGGACGAGUUCACUGGUCGAGUCAUGCAGGGAAGGAGAUGGAGUGAUGGACUACACCAGGCUGUUGAAGCAAAAGAGAACGUGCCCAUUCAAAACGAAACUGUAACACUGGCAUCAAUCAGUUACCAGAAUUUUUUUCUCCAGUUUCCCAAGCUUUGUGGAAUGACUGGUACUGCAGCAACUGAAAGCACAGAAUUUGAGAGUAUAUACAAACUUAAAGUCACAAUUGUUCCUACGAACAAGGCCAUGAUAAGGAAGGACGACUCAGAUGUAGUGUUUAGGUCAACUACUGGAAAAUGGCGGGCAGUUGUCGUAGAGAUUUCUCGAAUGUAUAAAACAGGUCGUCCUGUGCUUGUUGGGACAACUAGUGUUGAACAGAGUGAUUCACUGUCAAAGCAGUUGCAGGAAGCUGGAAUUCCCCAUGAGGUUCUCAAUGCCAAACCAGAGAAUGUAGAGAGGGAAGCAGAAAUUGUAGGGCAAAGUGGUCGUCUUGGUGCGGUAACGAUUGCCACAAACAUGGCAGGUCGUGGAACAGAUAUAAUUCUUGGAGGGAAUUCAGAGUAUAUGGCAAGGCUAAAGCUACGUGAGAUACUCAUGCCAAGAGUUGUUAAGCCAGCAGAAGGAGCGUUCGUGUCUGUCAAGAAGCCUCCCCCAAAAAAGAACUGGAAGGUGAAUGAGAAUUUAUUCCCAUGCAAUCUAUCAAAGCAGAAAAUUACUGCAGCAGAGGAGGCUGUAGAGUUAGCUGUUCAAACAUGGGGCCCAAGGUCGUUGACUGAGUUAGAAGCGGAGGAGCGGCUCUCGUAUUCUUGUGAAAAGGGGCCUAUUCGUGAUGAAGUGAUAGCUAAGCUGCGGGGUGCCUUCAAAGAUAUCAUUGAAGAAUAUAAAAUCUAUACUGAGGAGGAAAGAAAGAAGGUUGUAUUGGCUGGUGGACUUCAUGUGGUAGGGACGGAGCGGCAUGAAUCUCGUCGAAUUGACAAUCAGCUGCGUGGACGAAGUGGACGGCAGGGUGAUCCUGGAAGUUCCCGUUUUUUCCUCAGUCUGGAGGAUAACAUCUUCCGAAUAUUUGGUGGCGACCGGAUUCAGGGUUUGAUGAAAGCUUUCAGAGUUGAAGACUUGCCAAUUGAGUCCCAAAUGUUGACAAAAGCCCUAGAUGAGGCUCAAAGAAAAGUGGAAAACUACUUCUUCGAUAUUAGGAAGCAGUUGUUUGAGUACGAUGAGGUCCUUAACAGUCAAAGAGAUCGUGUAUAUACAGAAAGAAGACGGGCUCUACAAUCUGAAAACCUACAAUCUCUUCUAAUUGAAUACGCUGAACUGACAAUGGAUGACAUCUUAGAAGCUAAUAUUGGGGCUGAUACGCCCAAGGAGAGCUGGGAUUUUGAAAAACUCAUUGCCAAACUUCAACAAUACUGCUAUCUAUUGAAAGAUUUAACUCCAGAGUCAUUAGCAAACAAUGGUUCAAAUUAUGAGGAGUUACGGGCUUACCUUCGUUUGCUUGGUCGUGAAGCUUACUUAAAGAAAAGGGAUAUAGUUGAGGAGGAAUCAGCAGGGUUGAUGAUGGAAGCAGAGAGGUUCCUUAUUUUGAGCAACAUUGAUCGGCUUUGGAAAGAACACUUGCAAGCAAUCAAGUUUGUCCAACAAGCUGUGAGCUUAAGAGGAUAUGCACAACGGGACCCACUGAUCGAGUACAAACUUGAAGGGUACAAUCUCUUCUUGGAGAUGAUGGCUCAAAUCAGAAGAAACGUAAUAUACGCGAUAUACCAGUUCAAACCCGUGAUGGUGAAGGACCCAAAACAAGAACAGAAAGAGAAAGCAAGCAAAUUAACAACUAGUGGAAAGAGUAGCAAAAAGAAUCCAAAUCCAGUAGGUAUUGCAGAGGGAUCCUCCUAGUCGACCGAUUUUAAAGGUUCCCCCAUCCCCUCUAGGUGCUGAGGAGAUCCUUCUACCCUUGCAAUACAGGUUCUCAACGUACUUCUAUAGAAAUUGAAAGGCGGAAAAGUACAAAAAUUGAUAUGCUCCAGUUUUUGUAGAAGAAAAUUUUCUAUGUCUGCAGAUAGAAUGUCGAAAAAUGUAAAAUGAGAAAAUCCAUUUGUUUGCCAUGCCUCUAAAAUGGAACAGACUUGCCUGUUGUAUCAUAUUAUACCACUGCAUCUGAAAAGAAAUGGAUCAUGGAUAUACAUUGUAAAGAAAGCUCUCAUUUACAAGCAGCACAACUAUGGUUUCGCAGUCAAUUACUAUUUACUAUUUAUUA